GCCAAUGUCCAACCGAACCCCAGCCCGGAGAAGAAAAAAGAUCCAGGUUAGACUCUGUAAGCAAUUUCCCUGAGGCCGGCUCAGAGGGGAGGGGCAGAAAUAGAGAUGGGAGCAAGAUGAGCGAGAUGCCCCUCUUUGCUUUUUCUAUUCAAGUCUGAUGCAUGGCAGUGCUUCUUACAUUCUGAGGUUGUCUAGCCAGCGUGGCUCCGCCAGACUGGGCUGCACAGAGCUGCUCAGUGCCUGGUUCGGUCUUGUAAACUUGGAAUGUGCUGUGGAUUUUGAGAGACGGUUUGGUGGAUGAGGGGCAGAUAUUGCAACACAGAGGAACUCCAUGCCAUUGGGAAAGCCUCAUCAUCGGCCAAAGUCCAGGAACAGAGCCCAGAAGAGACUCCAGGAACCGACUGGACUGGCCACAGUGAGAAUUUGGAGCUUGUGGACGAGCAAUGGACAGCUGGACUCUCCAGGGGGACAGCUACUCCUUCCUGCGCAGUGCACCCCACCACACCUAUUCCCUGUGCCACCGUGACGGCACCCCCAACCACGUUGAAAUCUUCGACAUCAUCAACGUCCCCAGUCAGCGCAGUGCCAUUUCCGAGACCACCUGCCUGUGUGACAUCUUCGGAGACGACUGUGAUUCGUCCUCCCUCUCGAGCAGCCCUGCUGUAGGGGCUUUUGUCCUUUCCCAGAGAGAGGUGGACGGUUCAGCUGCUGCGUCACCUCCAGUGGAUGAUCUGAACGACUCCUCUGGCUCUUAUCACACUGCGCCGGGGUCCAGUGAAGGAGAGGAGGGCUUUGAGGAUUCACGAGAAAGGCUUUACAGCCCCCCGUUGCAGGGCGAGUCUUCAGAGAGGAGGCAGCUGGAGGGCGAGGGACUGAGCUCAGGGCGUUCAGAAGUUUCUGAAGACAGUAGCCCAAAUUUAGAACCAAAGGGCAAACCACCAGUACCUCAGCUUAGUACAGCUAGCCCAUCAUCGGAAGUCCUCAACACUGGUGAGAGGACCCCCUCUCCUGGACAUAGCAGCCCCUCUACCCUCAGUACAGAGGGAAGAGCGUCAUCCUUGUCUUCUUCCUCAGUUGAAAAAAGAUGCUCACCAUCAUCACCUAGUCCUCGACAAGCUUGCUCAGAAACUGAACCAAGGACAACCACUCCCUCUCCCUCCCUCAAAGAUAGACAUAACAGCCUCUCACAUCAGUCCUUAUCUCCCAGUCACUCCCCUGAGCCUAGGAACCGUGUCAGCUCAUCCUCCUCUGAAUCAGUGAACACCCCUGAUUUCAGGGUCGCACAAGGCUCGCCAGGGAGCAGCUACUUUAAUCAACACAGCACCCCCUCACCUGAGCCCACAUCCAAAGAUUUUUCCCUAGAUUUCACAGAAUCAGCUGUUGAAUCUAGAGCCACCCUUUCGUCUCCUUUACCUUCAUCCAGUAGCACAUACCAGUCGAGAGAAUCACUGGCCUCUCCUGAGCUGAAUAACAGGCCUUACUCCCCUGAUACUCAAGCAUCAUCUCCUUUUUCUGAGCCAAGAGGGAGGGUCUCCCUGCCUGAUCUCCUCAGCAGAGGCUCCACACCGGAUAUCGGAUAUUCUACCCACACCCCUGAGCUGAUUUCAGAUCCUUCCACUGCAGUAAGAGACACCACGACUACUCCCGAGAGCCAAGAUAGAAGGUUAUCAGCUGAACCUGUCAGUGCUGUGUCUACACCUGCCCCACGAUACACACCUCCCUCACCUGUCAUUUCAAUAGCAACAUCCCCUGAGCUUGUAGCGAGUGGUGUCUCACCUGAAUUGAGACACACAGCUCCAUCACCUGGCCGGCUCAGUGCUGCUUCUCCGGCUACGACUGGCACAAGAACUCCCUCUCCCGACCCCUUGCAUAAAAUAAGACACAUUUCUUCUGAAAGCAGGACCCAGGUGUCUUCACCUGUGGUAGGUUAUAGCUUAUCUCCAUCACCCGAAGUUACGAGCAACAGCUCUCCCAUAGAGUGCAGAUUUACUGCUCCCUCACCUGAAAUCAGGAUCACAGCGUCCUCACCUGAGGUCAGCAGGAGAGAGUGGUCUUCUGAAGUGGAGAAAACAUCAGCAUCUCCUUACUCUGACUCUGCCUCAUCAAGAAGCCUCACUUCGUCCCCUCACAUCACAGGGAUUUCUUACUCUGUUGUUCAGCCUGAGGACAUUUCCCCAUUCCCUGAGCUCUCUCGUCUCUGCACCCCAGAGCCUGAUAGGACACUUGUGUCCCCUGAAGCGAGGAGCCCUACCCCAAGCAGACACAGUAGACAGAGCAGUAUAGCAGAGUCCACUGGUACACCAAGAGACUCGCCUCAUAUAUCGGGCUUCACAAGCUCUGUCCUACAGCCUGAAAUAACUCUGUCCCACCAACCCAGGUAUCAGACACCUUCACCUCAGCCAAAGCAUCACACCCCUUCACCUCAACCAAGAUAUCAAACCCCUUCAUCUGACAAGCAUCACACUCCCUCACCAGGAAAUCAAACCCCUUCAUCUGACAAGCAUCACACUCCCUCACCAGGAAAUCAAACCCCUUCAUCUGACAAGCAUCACACUCCCUCACCAGGAAAUCAAACCCCUUCAUCUGACAAACAUCACACUCCCUCACCAGGAAAUCAAACCCCUUCAUCUGACAAACAUCAAACUCCCUCACCUCCGCCAAAACAUCACACUCCCUCACCUCAGCCAAGAUAUCAAACCCCUUCAUCGGACAAACAUCACACUCCCUCACCUGAGCCAAAGCAUCACACUCCCUCACCUCAACCAAGAUAUCAAACCCCUUCAUCUGACAAGCAUCACACUCCCUCACCUCCGCCAAAGCAUCUCACUCCCUCACCUCAGCCAAGAUAUCAAACCCCUUCAUCUGACAAGCAUCACACUCCCUCACCUCAGCCAAAGCAUCACACUCCCUCACCAGGAUAUCAAACCCCUUCAUCUGACAAACAUUACACUCCCUCACCUCAGCCAAAGCAUCACACUCCCUCACCAGGAUAUCAAACCCCUUCAUCUGACAAGCAUCACACUCCCUCACCUCAGCGCAGAAGUAGAGAUCCAUCACCUGUCACCCCGUCUCCUGAGCAGAGGUAUCAUCAGCGUUCACCAGCAACCCUCUCCAUUGAGCACAACCCUCAGUAUACACGUCCUACUCCUACUCUAAGAAAUACGCCUGAGGUUGAGGGGGAUUCCUCUUACCACACACAUUUGGCAAAAGAGAGUGUGUCACCCUCGUUUCAAUCAGACAGGGGAAACAAAUCAGUUGUGGCUGAAAUUAAAAGCAGUUCACCAGUGGUAGCAGUCCAGUCACCUGUAUCUACUUCACCUUUCUUAGCUGAGGAAACGGUUGAGAGUUCACUGAAACAACAAAGCACAGAGAGAGAAGCAGCACCAAACCUUCAGGAUAACUCAAGUUUAGCCUCCUUCCUCCCUGAGGAAAAACAAAGCCCCACCUUUGUUCAGAAAGAGGACACUUAUAUUAAUCCCCCCAUUGAUACCAAGCCUCCCUCCCCUAAUCUUCAAGUCUCUAAGGACAGGAGUCCAAACAUUUCACUUGUCCACAGGGCUACAUCCAACUCACCUGUGCAGAGACCGGAAAACGCACAACCUCAAUUCACUGCUUAUCCCAUGACUUCUGAAAGCAGCAGCUCAUUAAAAUCAGCCUGUACACCUGAGACUGCGAGGAGACAGCCGUCAGCCAGAGUUAGACGUGAAAACAGAGAGAGGAUAACAGAGGACAUGGCCCACCAUGUAAACAGAAGGCGGACCCCUUCCCCGCCGCUCACCAGGUUUACACCUGUCCACAUCAUAGCCCCUGAGAAACCAUACAGACAGUGGCAGAACAGACGCCAUAGCCCCUCUCAGGUUGGAGCAUCCUCACCGAGAGGUCAUUUAAAGAAAGCGGUGACAAAUAGGGAAAGCCCCAAUGUUGCCUAUGUGGACAAUAAUAGCCAGGCCCACUGGGUCAGGCAAGCAAGGCAAUUGGAGAUGGAGAGGGAAAUGCAGCUGGAUGAGGAUAGGGAGGUAGGAAGGGAGAGGCAGAGGGACAGGGAGAUGGAGAGAGAGAGAAAGAGGAGGGAGGAGCAGGUCCCUGAAAAGGGGAAGGGCUGGCAGGGGGACGCCAGUUACAGAGGGGAACAGGUUGAGCUGUCAUUCAAUGCCAGGAAUAGAAAAGGGCCUGCCAGUCGCAGCACAGCUCCCACAAGCAGAGAGACCCGUCAGGGACUGCCAACAGCGCAUUCCUAUCCAGAGAGCUCUCUUGCCACCAGACAGCUACAGCAACAACAGCUUAGACUUGCUUCCCAACAAGACCCCAGGGGUGGUGGUCCCAGCAGACGGCUUCAACCUCCUGCCCCCCACAACAAGAGCAGCGUUCCUGGACGCGUGGCCGCAAACAGGCCCUGCCAGAGUUCCAGCUCCAGCAUGGGAAGUGAGCUUGAUGAGGCAGACGAUGAGGUGAAGUGGUUUACAGACGGGGCCUUCCGCAGCCUGUCAAGCCCGGAGGUAGAUUACCUUGACAUGUACAACUCCAGCCACCGUUCAUCUACCAACAUGUCUCAACCGUCUACCCAGGAGAGCCCAGCUGGGGUCAGUGCCGCCUGGCCGGCCUACGCUGACUUCAGGGGUUCUGCUCCCAGGCUGGACAAUGAUGAACUCUCCUUCCAGCAACCAUCUGCACACUACUCGGACGGCCUGGAUCCAUCAAGGCGCUAUGAGAUGGGCAGCUUCGAGUGCGUAGAUGUGGCCGUGGAAAGAGAGGAGCCCAGGAGGGUGAGAAGAGGAGUGCCAAAGAGACAGAUCCAGCUGAAGAGAAAGAAUAGUGCUGAAGGGAAGCAGGAUGAGAGCAGUGAGAAUAGCAGUCCUGGGUUUCCAGUGAUGGUGGAAAGCCCCUCUCUAGAGAGUCACUCCAGAGAGACAUUCAUGAGACAACACAGUACGCCAGCAGCAAUGCAGGAAUGCUACCGUUCUGAACGCAGCCCUGAGCCCAAUCGACAAAAUGAAAGAAAACUCAAAAAAUCUGCUUCUCUGGAUGAAACAUGCACCAAAACCAAGAUGGCCACUUGUCUCAUUAAGAGUGUGUUAUCAAAGAAGAUGCAGAGUGUUGAUAAACAGGAAGCAGGAGAAGAAGGGAGCCCCGCUUUUGAGGAGAACAGCCCACCAAUAGAGAGUGCACCACUCAAAGAGUCCCCAAAACCUGACUCACAUAAUCUGAGUUCCAGUCUUCAAUCAGAUUAUAGUCUUUCAUCCGAGGGUCUCCCUGCGAGAGGAGAACUAAGCGCAAAGGACGAAGCCAAACCACCAAAAAGCUUUGGAGUGAGAUCCAGCAACAGGCCAAGUUCAUCCAGCAGCAGCCGAAGUGUUACCUUUUCACAGACUGAGAGUGAAGAGGCUGAUUCUCAAAGCCGGAAUAUGACUUCAUCAAGAUCGGAAAUGAGACCAGAAUUGAAAAUGCCAUUUGAUAGUAAACAGUCAAGAACUGGAGUACACGGAGUAGAUGACAGUAAAACAUGGGACGGAGGGGAGGGUGGUGACUCAGCAAAUGCCACUGCCGGGAACUCUGGAGCUCCUUCUGCCAUUGGAGCCAGCAGCACGCAGGCCAGGGUGACAAACAGAGACCGGGAAUGUGAAAACACACAGGACCAUAAAACACUGCGACAGGGUGCCAAGGGCGCCUGCAUGACACAAACACAGGAGAUUACGCUCAAAGCCGUGGAGAAAAAGAAAGCCUCCCUAAAUGUCUGUCUCACACCCGAGGCAGAAAACAAACCUGAGGCUUCUUCGCCAGAUAUAAAGGAGGAAAGGAUAGAGACCAGUGUAGAUGAGAAAACAGAGGAAGAAGAAGAAGCAAAUAAUAAAGCUAAGGUCCCCAUUCACAAAGUUAGAGAUGUGAGGCGGCUCGUAAAAAAUACAUAUAAUCUGUCCUUCAAGGCAACUAGUGCUGUACAGCCAUCAAAUGUGCAUGAAGAAAAGACGGAGAUUUUAAACAAGGAAAGGAGGGAAGAGGUCACAGCACGGGAGGAGAGAGAGGUAAGGCAAGAGAUAAGGAGGGAGGAAAGAGAAGAGGAGUUCAGGGAGGAGAGGAAAGAGGAGAUGAAAGACUCAAAGCUACUAACCUUAUCUCCACCUCCUCAGAGCAAAGGAAGUCCUCUGUCUCGUUCACAGCCGAUGCAAAUAGAAUACAAGGCCGUUUGCUGGAAAGAAGCCAAAAAUAAAAUGCCAUGCAGCAAGAAAGACUCAGAGAGUGACAAACUUUGGGCUUCUCCAAAGCUCGUAAGCAGAGAAUCCCCCUCGAAUGCAAACACACUGAAUAAUACAACAGGAGACACAGUAAUGGCAAAGCUAAGUCAACGUGAUUUAAACACGGCAGCAGAAACACAAGAGACUGUGACAGAAAUGCAUAAAGUGCCGGACAGUGAAGACAAACCUGCGGUGGUCAGAGCAGACAGAAAACCUCCCAUGCUCGGGAGCCUCCCCAAACAGCCAAGUAAGGAAAGAGAGGUGUCCACUGCUGUGGUGAUAAUAAGAGAUGGAUCCAGCAAGACCAAGAUAUCUGCAUCUCCAGCCCAGGAAGAGAUCCACACCCCACUCCAAGCCCCAGCUGCUUCCCCUUCACCUGGACACACCACCCCUGGUAGCAGUGGCCACUCAGUUUCCAUGUUAAUAAAGGAAAAAGGCUACCAAGCUGACAUUGGAGCAGUGGUGGGUGACAACCACAAUGCACCUGCUGGUAAAGGGGUUCCGCAUAAGCAUGUGAACUGCCUGGAGAUCCCCCUUCAGACCCCCACCCAUUCAGAUGGAGGUCGCAUCGAGUCUCAUAGAGAGAGGACGUUCUCCUCUUCAUCCAUCACAUCUGGGCCCUCAGCAGCGCCUGACAAUGCAGACGCCUUCACAAAGACCAGAGAAGACGAGGGACUUAGCGGUAAGCCUGCAGUGAAAGACACAGCAAGGCAAAAAAGCGCUUCUCCGCUGAGAAAUGCGCAGGAGCAAGCGCCGCCUCCCGCAAAACAGAAGGAACUUGGAGAUUUUGAAGCGGUGAAAAGACUUGAUCCGACUUUCCCCCCGAGGUCCCCUGCAGUGAGGAAAUUCAGACCACAGCCGAUUGAGGUUAAGUCGCUGUCUAAAGAAACACAGAAACAAGAAACACCCACAAACACUACAGGAAACAGCAGGCCUCAAACCAUCGAAGUUAAAUCUAUAGCUAAAAAUUCUCAAAAGCCAGCGGUGCCUCCAAAACCGAGCUGUAAAUUUAAACCUGCAGAUUUAGGAACAAUGCCAAAUGAAGCGCAGAAAUCAUCAACAACAACUGUAAAACCACAAGGUGAGGAGAGGCCUCAAACAAUCGUAGUGUCCUCACCGACAAUCUAUAGAAAGAUCUCCAAUGAGUCCACGUCAACAUCAAACUAUACAAGAAAACUAGCUGUGUCUGCAGUAUCCAGCCUCAAACCUCCACCUUGCAAAACAACAGCAGCCACCGUCUCCAGUCUCAAUCAAUCGAACCAGUCAACAACAACAUCAGAGACGGAGGUGUCGAAUGACAGAGGUCAGCAGCAAAAUCCAGGGGCCUCGCUUCAGAGCUCUGGAUAUACACAAAGACCCACAACCUUAGCUACAGCUCCAAUAUCAGCCACUGGGACAGGUUUAACCUCAGCACCAGGUCCAGUGCCUGACAACCAAGCAAACCCUGUCUCUGGACCCGACUCAGCUGGAGCCAACCAGCUGAGCCGGCCAGCUGUUGUGGAUCCAGACAGCCAACAACAGUAUCCCAGGAUGGCAUACCCUCACGAACAAGCUAUGCCAGUAACUUCAAACAAUACAAAACAACCUGCAGCUGUUUCCACAACACAAGUACCAGGGUACACACACCCGCCAUGCCACAGAUCGUUCUCCAGCGAGCGACCCCAAAGGAUAGAUGAUCUGCGUUUUUACGCCUCAGAUGACCCUCCGAGCUACGAUGAACGGGAGAGCUUCAGUCCCCUCAUGCUCCCAGAUCUGACCCAGAGGAGGUCAAAUCGCUAUCAGCCCUCCUCCCGCCCUCCACCCUGCUCCUGCACAGCUGGCUGCCCCUCUCAUCCCGGUAUCACCCCUCCUCACCAUCACCGCAGCCCCCAUAACCUCACGCCUCCUGCCCCUGCACACUCCCCAGGCCAGGCACUACCUUACCCGGUGGCUCAGCCCCCUCUCCGUCCGCACCAGUGCAGACCUGACCCUCAGCCGAUGAGCUACCAGCCCGGCUCUCCCAAAUCAAGCCCUCAUGGUCCGAGCCAGCCACCGGCCAUGUACCAGCCUCUUCACCAGCCUCCUCCCUGCCCUCCCCACCCCUCACUCAUGCAGGCCUGCCCUGCUGACCGCCCGCUUCAGCCACCCCAGCACAUUGACCCUCGACGACCCCCUGUCCACAGAUCCCCCCACCAACAGCCGCCAGGCAUGGCUGGCGCUCCUUACAGCGAUCCUGGCCACAACCACUCCCCUGGCCUUCCUCCGAUGGAUCCCCAGUACUUGUGUGGUCCUCAAGGCCUGGGGCCUUCCUACGGCUCUGAUUAUGGGGGCGACACCUCCAGUUUGUACUCAGAGAGUAGCUAUGCACAGACACCUCGCAGAGUUCUCCUGGAUCCUGAGACGGGGAAGUAUUUUUACAUUGAGGUGCCUGUGCAGCCACUGAGGAAAAUGCUGUUUGACCCAGAGACUGGCCAAUAUGUGGAGGUGCUCAUCCCGCAGCAAGCAAUGUCACAUUCAGGCCUGUAUCCUCCCUCAGCGGCGCCCUACACGUCUCUCCACAACCCCAACAUGUACGCGCCUGCUCCGCAGUACAUGCCCUAUGCAGCUCCCCCUCCCCAAGCCCACCCCCAGGCUCCGCCUCAGCCACCCCGAUACCCUGAGGUCUCCGCCGCACCAACAAUGCACCCAGGUGGGCCUGGGGUCAACUACAGACAUCCAUCUGGUCAGGGGUCCAAGCCAGAGCCCCAGAACCAUCCACCGCUGGAUCAGAGCUACCUGGAAAGCAUGUAUUAUGUCCCUACAGGGAUGAAUGCGAGCCCCAAUCCCACCCCACCAGACUAUUACCACAAACAUCCCCCCAACCUACCCCCAACAGGGGGGAAAAGGUCCUGAAAUAGAGGACAGUGGCCGCCUUCCUGGAGCCUGUUGGGUUUUAAAUACACAGUGUAUAAAGGGGGUGUCUAAUGUUAGCCUUUAAUGUUAUUUGAGUUUUCACAUUGCUACUGAAGACAGCAAUUCUUUGGUUGUUGUUUAUUUGCUGCUGCUUGUUCUGUGCUAGGCUGCUUUAAUAGAACGAUAUAUAUGAUUCUUGAGUUAAUAGUUUUGAAAACACAAGAACCUUUUUUAUGAGGUGUUCUUAAGAUUAUUACCUAAAUCUAAAAUUAUCUAUUAUUACAAUUUUUGUCACUUUUGAUACAGGGUAAGAACAUCAUACUGUAAAUUCACCAGUAAUGCUCAGUUAGCACUACAAAUCAAUAGGUUUACUGAUUUACUGGUGUGUGUACUUUAACAACAAAUAUCUCCAAAAAAACUUGAAAAUACUGUUUUAAAAGAACCUCAUAUUUAUUUUGUUAUUGUGUUUCUCUAAUAUUGGAUGAGUGAGUUUGUGCACAUGAUGUCUGCAACAACAAUGCCAAUAAAAUGUCUCAUAUGAAUGGC